UAAAUAUUAAUCGCAUAAUUUUGAUCUACAUAUGUAUUUUUUUUAUUUAAUAUCACGACAGCGUAAAAUUUUUUUGACAGUUUUCAUUCAAACGCGUUUCUCAGCGGUCUGAUCUAUAUUUUUUUUUUUAAAGGAAUUAAAAAAAACGAUUAAAGUAAAAAUCUUUUUAAUGUGUCGUCCAUGAUAUUGGAAAUUAGUCAAGGAAGUGAUAAUAAAUAAAAUAAAAUAUAAGUGCUUUGUGUUUGAAUAAAUCAAUCAUGAAAAAUAUUAAUAAUUUAAAAUUUGAAGCCAAAGAUGACGACAAUAGUUAUCCGUUAAAAAAUGGUGAUUGUACAGAUUUGAAUAUCGAUAUUAUCGAUGAUAAAUAUACAAAACCCAAAAAACCUCAUUGGUUUUUCCGACGUGUUUUCAUUUUGACCUGGAUACGUUUGUAUGAUCGUGAGAAGGCUAUAGCGGAUUUAAUUGCUGGCAUUACUUUAGGUUUAACCAUUAUACCGCAAAGUAUUGCUUAUGCUGCCUUGGCGGGUUUGUCUUCCGAAUAUGGUUUAUAUACAGCUUUUAUAGGCUCUAUAAUCUAUGUUUUCUUUGGUACAAUACCUCAAGUGUCCAUUGGACCGACCAGUUUAAUGGCUUUAUUGGUUUUACAAUAUUGCUCCGACAAACCGGUACAAUUUGUGAUUGUUUUAGCUUUUCUAGCAGGUCUAGUUGAGUUUCUAAUGGGGGUCUUCCAAUUAGGUUUUAUUGUGAGUUUUAUACCCUCUCCAGUUACAAAAGCUUUCACCACCGGUACAGCUUUAAUUGUGGCUCUGGUGCAACUUAAGAAUUUAUUGGGUAUUCGCAUCAAGGGAGUACCAUCGCCCAUUCAAAUUUGGGAGGGCAUCAAUAUACCCGAUGCUACUGUUGGCAUUAUCUGUUUAAUUAUUUUGCUAUCUCUGAGACAACUAUCCAGCGUCACUUUCAAAAAACAAAAUGAUAAAACAAGACGUUUGAAAAAAGCUCUUUGGUACAUUAGUAUUUCGCGUAAUGCUCUCGUAGUUUUCUUCUGUGGCCUUUUAGCGUAUUUAUGGAUUCAUAAAAGCUCUCUGCAAGCUGUACCAUUUUCAUUAUCGUCAAAAGUACAAUCGGGUAUGCCUAGUAUCAAAUUGCCGCCUUUUGCUUUUGAGCAUAAUAAUAGAACCUAUGUUUUCACCGAUAUAUGUCGUGAAUUGGGUAGUGCCAUUAUAGUGGUGCCCAUAGUAGCGGUAUUAGCUAAUGUAGCCAUAGCUAAGGCUUUUGUUAAGGAUGGUCAAUUGGAUGCUUCUCAGGAAAUGUUAACUCUUGGUCUAUGCAAUUUGGCCGGAUCUUUCUUUAGUGCUAUGCCUACUUGUGGUGCUUUUACAAGAUCAGCUGUUAGUAAUGCUAGUGGUGUGAGAACUCCCAUGGCGGGUAUUUAUACCGGCAUUAUCGUACUUUCCGCAUUAUCUAUUCUAACGCCCUACUUCCAGUAUAUUCCCAAAUCCUCCUUAUCUGCUGUUCUUAUAGCUGCUGUUAUAUUUAUGGUCGAUUUUGAACCCCUGAAAACCCUGUGGAAAACCAACAAAAAAGAUUUCUUAAGUUGGUGUGGUUGUUUAGUGAUUUGCUUAUUGGCCGGUGUGGAAAUGGGUCUUUUGUGUGGUAUUGUGGUUAACAUGAUCUUUGUACUUCUACGAUUGGGUAAUCCAAAAUUGGACGUUAGCUUGAGAAAGUGUGAUAACAUGACAUAUGUUUACAUUCAACCACAAACUGACAUUUACUUUGCCGGUGUGGAGCACUUGCGUACUGAAAUACGUGCCGCCUGUUCUUUAUACAGAAAUGAUUUUCCCAUCGUAGUCGACUGUUCACGUUUUAUGCUCUUCGAUGCCACUUUUAUUGAAAUGAUCAUCGCAGUAGCUAAAGAUCUCAAAGAGAAUGAAGUCAUGUUAAUUUUACAGUCAAUGAGUCUGAAACACCAACGUUUAUUGCCCAUUAAUGCGAAUAUUCGAUUUGUAAAUGACACCAUCAUAACAGCUGAUGAUUUGAUACCAAAUAAGGAAAGUACAACGACAUAAAUUUUAAGAAAAUUUGUUACAAAAAAAGCCUAGACUUUAUUAAGCAAAAAGACAAAAAAAUAUAAUGUAAACAGUUCUUAACGUUAUUGCAAAUAUGUAAUUUAGUCUGACGUUGCAAACUGUCACAUUUGUUGUCAUAGCUGUCAUUCUCUCUCAGUCUGUAUAUAGUAUAGGAAGAAAAUAUGAAUGAAUUUUUGAAGUACGUUUCAUCUUCUUCCUGUCUCAUUUUAACCUCUUGCAUUAUUAUAUGCAUCUUUAAUAUCGUAGAGAGAAUCGUAUUUGUUAUUAUUCCGUCUAAAAUCAACUCGCAACUUAAUUUUUAUAAUUAAAUGUUAAGUUAAUUUAUCUAAUAUUUUACGUUGUGUUUUUGUUUUUGCUGUAGAACAGCUAUAAUUACUUUGUUAUUAUUUUUAUUUUUGUUCGGCAUCAUUAAAAUAGAGAGUGUUAUUGUAAAUAUAUUACACUGUGGUAUUGUAGUAACUAGUAUAUUUUUUUUUAAAUUUCACACUCGACUUUUUUGUUGUUGCUUUUUAAUAUAA